AUGGUUUCCUUCACAGUCUUCAAGGGCGCCAAAGAUGGCAAGGUCAUCAAGUCUGAGACCAAAAAGGGCGAGCUCACCGGCGAUCAAGUCCUUCUCAAGGUGACUGCCAGUGGCCUCUGCGGAACGGAUCUCCACUACCGAACGACAGACAUGGCUCUCGGCCACGAAGGCGUGGGAGUUGUGGAAGAGACGGGUCCUGGUGUCACACAUUUGAAGAAGGGUGAUCGCGUCGGAUGGGGCUAUGAACACGACAGCUGUGGGCACUGCCAGGACUGUUUGAGAGGCAAUGAGACGUACUGCAAGGAACGUGCCAUGUACGCCUCCGCAGACCUUGAUCAAGGCUCUUUCGCCAGUCAUGCCGUCUGGCGAGAGGCCUUUCUCUUUAAAAUUCCGGAUAGCAUGAGCGACGAGGUUGCGGCUCCUCUAAUGUGUGGUGGUGCCACCGUCUUCAAUGCCCUCCACGCAUAUAACGUGCAGCCGACUGAGACCGUUGGUGUUAUGGGUGUCGGUGGUCUUGGUCAUCUCGCAAUCCAGUUCGCUGCCAAGAUGGGCUGCAACGUUGUCGUACUUUCCGGAUCGGAUCGCAAAAAGGAUGAAGCUCUCAAGCUUGGUGCCUCUGAGUUCAUUGCAACCAAAGAUGUCAAAGAAAUCAAGCCAUCAAGACCUCUCAACCGUUUACUGGUCACAACCUCUGCACAGCCAGAUUGGAACAAGCUCAUGGGCGCCUUCGCUCCUGGUGCCACCAUCCACCCACUUUCAGUCGACGAGGGCAACUUCGAGAUCCCAUACAUGUCGCUUCUGCUUGAUGGUCUCAGAAUCCAAGGCUCGGUUGUCGCUUCGCGCUACAUCCAAAACCGCAUGCUUGAAUUUGCCGCGCUGCACAAGAUCGAGCCGAUUAUCGAGCGCUUCCCCAUGAACGAGAAGGCCAUCAAUGAGGCCAUGGACAAACUCAAUGAAGGCAACAUCCGAUACCGUGGUGUC